GUAGUUGCUUAUGAUUCGAUCACAUUAACUGUAAAUUCAAUUGAACGUUUUAAAAAAGAACGUAAUGUUUUCUCUUUGAUGUUUAAUAAUAAUACAAAGUUAUAAAUAGUCUAUAACGUCAAGUGGAUUCGUAUAAGAAGAAUGGAAAUAAUUCAAACAUGGAUCAAGAUUUGAUGUUGAGUUUUAAAAAUCUAACCUAACCAUGGAGUAUGUGGGUGAACUAAUAACCCUCGGUAUUGAUAGUAUCAUUUUUAGUAUUUGUUUGAAACAGUAUUUGUAUUGCAAAAAUGCUAUUACUGCUGUAAAGAAAGCAGACUUCUAUGAAGUUGGUUCAUCUUUGGAAGAAACUGUAAGUAAAGCCUCUGACAACAGAAUAGGAUACAUUGCUGUCAGAGGUACAGUAAAGUCUUUGGGUAAACCACUGCAUAGCAUUAACCAAAAAGACAUAACUGGAGUUUUACAAAAACUUAGUAUCAAGGAACAUGUGGUCGCCAGAACUACAGCAGGCUUUUGGUCAAACCAAAAACGCACAAUGCAAAAGAUAUACAAUACAAUACCAUUUGUCUUGCAAAAUAGCCGGUAUAAAGUAGAAGUUCAUGAUCCGUUAUCGGCAGAUAUUUUAGACAUGGAUGUAAUUUCAGAUUAUUUUGAACCUAAUGUAUCUUCGUUCUCAGAUCAUUUAUGGGGUUUUUUCACGGGAGUACGUCAACGUGGUUUACAAAGUACAGAAGAAAUGCUUCGUGAAGGGGUUGUUAUAACAGGAAUUGGAGAAAUUUCAUUAGUAAAAAAACAGAAUUCAUUAAUAUUACAGCCUCCAACCGAUGGUUCUCCAUUUUAUUUAACAACUAUGUCUAUUACUUCCUUACUUAAAAGGCUAGAUGAACGGAAAAGAACGUAUAAAUGGUUGUGCUUCAUAUUCGGUACAAUUAUAAUAUUACUUAGUGGUGUGGUAGCUCGACGUUUUUGGAAAACUAGACAAGAAAGAAGAUCAGCUGAACAAUUAAGAGAAAGUCUUGCCGAAUCUCGUAGACAGAGACGUCAAUUCGUAAGAGAUUCAAAUCUCAGAGAAGAUCAAUUGUGUGUUGUAUGCCGCUCAAAUCCUCGAGAAAUAAUUUUAUUACCAUGUGGGCACGUAUGUUUAUGUGAAGACUGUGCGAACGGUAUCGUUGAUCGAUGCCCUAUUUGUAGAGAAAAGAUUGGCCAAAAAGCUGCAGCGUACAUAGUUUGAUUCUAAUUCUAAUGUAUUAUCAUCUAUAUAUGAUAUGUUAAUUAAGAGCAAGAUUUUGAUAUUAAUGGAGUUUAAACUUGCAAAAUGGUAAAUCUCAAAUUUUAUUAUGAUAUUCCAAAGAUUGGCUGCUAGUCAAAAGACUAAUACUAGCUACUGCAAUACUCGAUUCAAUACAGUUAAACAAUAUUUUAAUACAAUAUAAUUUUUUGUUUAUAGAAGAACACAAAACUGAUUUAGUUAGCUUAUUUUUAUUUAAAAUCGUAUAUACAAAAUUUUUGUAUAGAAAAUAAAAGUUUCGAAACAAUAACGUGAAAAAUGAUAAAAGUCAAGUGAUAAAAUAAAUAACAAUUAAUAUUACGAAUAAAUAAUUAAUAUUUAUUAUGAAAAUAUUUAUUCUUUGAAGAAGUGAAAAUAAAAACAACCAUCACAACAGGUACCUGUAAAUAUAUUAUUGCAUAUUACAUAAACAAGUUAAAGACGUGUGAGUUUCGCAAAAAAUAAUUUCGAAUAUCUAAAAAAGUAGAAAAAUAACACUCAAGAAAUGAUAAAAGUGUAGCAAACAUUGAUACAGAAGUUAACUUCGAAAUAUCUCAUACCUAUAUAUUUCUACCUUUAUCGCUCUCUUAUCAUACACUCAUCAUUUAACUACCAUAUAUACAUAUACAAUUUUUCUAUUUUAAUGACAUAACCCAAUUUGUAACACCGUAUAGAUAAAUAUACAAUACACUUUGCUCACGUAUAAUCUAAGAAACAUAGUUUCUUCGAAGCGAAUAAAUGAAUUGCAAAACCGUGCGAAAUAUCAUUUUGCGCGUUCUCAUAUUUUUCUUCCCAAAAAAAUUACAUUAAAAAUCUGAUAAGAGAGAUAGAAAAUAAAUUAUUAGCAAUAUAGUUACAAACAAUUUCUAUCAAUUAUUGCCAGUGUUAAAACGGUUCUUGAUGUUCUUUAAAAAAAAAAAGGGGGGCGGGSGGGCGAAAAAAAAAAACAAAAAA